AAUGCAGCUUCCGUGCAUGGUACGAGCUGACAAAAAACACCAUUGAAGAAGAAUAAGAACUUCGAGUUAAUGUUGGAAGCUACAAUUUGUAUUUUUAGUUGUUUUUUAUUUAAAUAAUCCAAAUAUUCCUGACAACUUUUUUUCACACAAUCCGAGAAUCAACAGGACUUCUGUACGGAAGUUGAACUGGCCAAAAGAUGCGAGACCGAACUAAAGAACUGGGCAAAGCUGCAGAGAGCUCAGAUGAAGAUGGAGAAGAGAGUGUGCUCAUGAUCAAACCAAAGAAUGCAAGGCUGUCAGUUAAAGAAGGGAAGAUGGAGAAUGACACUUUCUUGCAGAAGGUACAAGAAAUCUUGGAGGGGAUGGAGUCUCUGAAGAGAAAGGUGUCUGACCUGGAGAACAAGCAAAAAAUGGUAUUGGGGGUUCCAUUGCCUGACGAAGGUAUGAAGAAGGAUCUUCAGAUGCUGAGGGAUGAGAUCAAAACGAUAGCAGGGCAGAUCCAGAAGAAUCUGAAGAGUAUUGAACCUAAAAAAGAAGAAGAGGAUGGUAAAUAUGUGCCUAUAAAUAUCCGGAUGCAGAGAACACAACAUGGUGUCCUGUCUCGGGAGUUUGUGGAGUUGAUGGGCCGAUGUAAUACCAUUCAAGCCCAAUACAGAGAUCGCAAUGUGGAAAGGAUACAGAGGCAGCUCAAAAUCACUGGAAGCAAUGUCACUGAUGAGGAAUUGGACAGGAUGCUUGAGAGUGGGCAGACUGAUUUCUUCACGCAAAAUAUUUUGAGUGAUGCUAAAAACACCAAGCAAGCCCUAAAUGAGAUUGAGUCACGGCAUGAUGAGAUCCUCAAACUUGAGAGGAGCAUUCGGGACCUACACGAUAUGUUCCAGUACCUUGCUAUGGAGGUCGAGGCACAGGGGGAAAUGGUGGACCGCAUUGAAGCCAACAUAAUGCACUCCAAAAACUAUGUGGAGAAUGCUGUGACAGAGACCCAACAAGCUGCCAACUACCAAAACAAAGCCCGUAAGAAGAAGUUGUGGAUUGCAUUGUUCUGCUGCAUUCUUCUGAUAAUUGUGGCCAUUGCUUUGGGUUUAUCCUUAUCAUGAAAUAACCCUUUGGCCUUGUACCAGUCUUAAUGCCGUCGGCCUCACAGAUAAAAGGAGCAUCAGCCUUAUUGACGAAAUGCUAUCUCUCACAGACACACACACACUCAGUUACAACAAAACUGUUUUUGUGCUUACCCAAUAAUUCCUGAAACCUUGCAAUUUAUUGACCCUAAUUUUUUUAAAUCUGUACUGCUCAUUCCAAAGGCAGCAAAACGCUAAAAAGAUAAGAAUGCAGAAAACUGGAACAUUAUUUAUGUUGGUAAUGACCAAAAAUGAGGAAAUUUCCGUUCCUCAUUCACUGUUCUUUACAUCUAAACUGAGUGCUUAUGCAUCACUGAUUGUGGAACUUACUGUUUUGAACCAGUUAUGCACAGUAUAGAUACACACAGAGUGACUACAGUGUAGUGCACUACACUGUAGUCACUCUGUUACUUUUAUUUACUGUGAUAACUUUGUUUCAACACAUAUUGCGCUGUCUACAAAUAUAACACCAUACUGUAGGUAGACAGGAGUUGGGUGUUUCCAUACAUUUUACCUUUUGAAACUUGGGAAAGUUUAAUUUCUUUUUGUUUUGUCACCCGAGAUACAUUUUUCCUGUGUUUUGUUUUGCAGUCAAUGACAGCUUGUAAAAAAUAUCAGCUUGUAGUAAACUUAUGUUUAUUGCUGUAUACAUGUAUGUUGCCCAUGUAUAUUAACUGUUCAUCCUUUACAGAAUGGGACUGACUCUUGAUACUGUUGUGUUUUUUCUCGGAUGCUCAGUACCGUGCCUUUGGAGGCCCUUAACGCUGCAUGAUGUUCUGUUAUUCUUGAAAUAAAACAGAGAAUCAUCCUGGCCCUAAAUGGGGGAGGGGAGUGAUGGUGUGUGUAAGCAGAUCUGUGAGGCAUACUACUCUGGUUUGAAUUUUACAAUGGACUUCAAAACAACAUAAAUUCUGAUUCUUUGUAGUGUUUUUAAACAAAUAAAAUAUUGUUUUCUGCA